UCAGCAGCACCCCACAGAUACAGACAUACAUCCAGAAGUGCACUGCAGACUACAGACUCCCAAACAGAGACAACAUGAAAGCUAUUGCAGCCAUCUUGCUGGUGCUGUGUCACUUGGCCGUUAGUCAUGGUAAUGGAGCUCAGAUGCAAAUCAGGCCAAAUAUAGGGACUGUGACACCAGGAUUGACAAGAGGAAGACCUACAUGGCCAGCUGCACGGCCAGCUGCGCGGCCAGCUGUGCGGCCAAUUGUGCAACAAACAGGCUGGAACUGCGAUGAGGGUCCGCGGCUGUAUAAUGCUCGACAGCUUGACGCUGGACAGGGAAAAGUAGUCGCACUAGACAGGAACAAUUAUCCAUAUUUCCUGAUUGGAUCAUCUUGGCAGCGACUGAGCUCAGUCAGAUUCAGACAUCUCUCAGUGGGACCUGCAGGACUUUGGGGAAGUAGCACAUCGAACAUCGUCUACAAAUACGUUGCUGGCAACUUUGUACAAUCCCGUGGUACGUCUAUGAAGCAGGUGGAUGCUGGAGGUGAUGAUCAACUUGUGGGAGUUACUACCUCCAACCAAGCCUACUGUCUGAGAUGUAGCUCAGCUUUGACCUACAGUGGAGUGGGCUCCCUGGGGUGGAACUAUCUGUCAAGAAGGCUGAAGUACUACACCUGCAGCCCAAAGAACGGAUGCUGGGGAGUGGACACAAGUAACCGCGUCUACUUCACACGGACACUAAACUCUGUAAACUGUGGCGCCUCCGGCUGGACACAAGUGGCAGGGCAACGCAUGAGCAUGGUUGAAGUGGGGACUGACGGAAGGGUUUUUGGAUUGACCCCAGGCGGUGAUGUCUACCAAAGGUGAAUGUCACAGCUCCCCUGAGUUGAUUGUAGGGUUAUUUAGAUCAG